AUGGCUCUACUAACAGCCAACGCACUGGAAGACCACGUGUCACUGAUCGUAAUGACGAUAGGAACAUUUUUGAAGACGUCUAGAACCAAUCCAAGACUCACCGCCCCUGCGAUCAGACGGGAAGUUUUCUUGAAUUCGCCAUCUCCGCCAUCCGUCUCGACCGUGAAACGACGUCUGAAUGCUGCUGAAAUCAUGGGAAGACGUCCAGUGAAGAAACCGCUGAUUUCUGAAAAGAAUCGAGCCGCCAGGGUGAAGUGGGCGAAGGAGCAUCUCAACUGGACCCGUCAAGACUGGAACAAGAUUCUGUGGUCCGACGAAAGCAAGUUCCUCCUCUUCGGGAGUGACGGAAUUCAGUGGGUUCGUAGACCAAUUGGGUCCAGAUAUCAUCCGAAAUACCAAUUACCCACCGUGAAACAUGGUGGAGGUUCUUGCAUGGUGUGGGGCGCCUUCUCUGGAAGUGGCAUCGGACCGCUUCAUCGCGUGAACGGCAUCAUGGACAAGCACGUCUACAAAGACAUUCUCCAGAACCAGAUGUUGCCGCACUUGAGAGCCAUGGGCCGUGGGAGUGUUUAUCAACAGGAUAACGAUCCCAAGCACACUUCAUUGUUCGUCAAGGUGAGAAAAUUGACAAGUAAUUCGUAUGGUUUUGAAACUCAGGACUGGUUCAAGAGCCGUCGGGUCAAUGUCAUGGGGUGGCCAAGUCAAUCUCCGGACCUGAACCCGAUCGAACAUCUCUGGGAAGAGUUGGAGCGACGUUGUGCCAACAAAAGAGCCAAGAAUUGCAACGAGAAGUUUGCUCAACUGCUGUCUGAAUGGAAUCAGAUCCCCAUGUCUACCAUCGACACUUUGCUCAAUUCUAUGCAGAGAAGAUGCCAGGCAGUGAUUGACGCCAGGGGCUUCGCAACCAAGUACUAGGUCCCGAAUAUUGUUUUUAACAAUGUUUUGUGUUGAUAAAAAAAUUUUUUUGUUGAGCUAUGAUUUUUUUAAUUGAAAAAUAGCAAAAAAAUUCGAUUUUUUUCGAAAAUUCGUUUUUUUCUCGAAAAAAAUUAUUAUCCUUUGAGCUAGCAACUUGAAAUUUUUGCCAGAACACGUAUGUCUCUCUCAGAAAAUUAUGAAAAAAAUUUGAAUCGAUAUCGCAUUUCAAAAAAAAUUUAUCCCCAAAAAACCAAAACUUAAUAGACUUUUGAGCGGUACUGUAGUCCAUUUUUUUUUUUCGCAAAAAUAGAGGCUCUGAGGACGCCAAGGCUAAAAAAACGGCUAGGAAAAAAGUCCCGCAAAGAAAGAAUUAGAAGAAUGGAGAAAAUGGCUCUUGACACGUUCAAAAAGUGACGUUAUAUAUAUAGUCCGUUUUUCGCGACUUUGAAAGGACGGGACUUCUCUGCGCCCUCCUCGUCUCUCGACGACCCUCUCUUCUUUAAACGCUAUUUUCGGGUUUCUGUGACCUCGCCGGUGAGGGAACAGAGAGACGUAGACACUCAAAAACGGUCAAGUCGCGCCGGACGGGCUAUAUUUCUUCUGCAGUUUUUAUGAAGACCUAAGUUGUAGGGCGUUUUUUGGGACGUUUCCUUAGAAUUUCGAAAAUUUUCGGUGCUCAUCUUUAAAAAAAAGUAACAAAAAAAACUCAAUAAAUAAACAGAUUGUGCUCAAAUUCCUUUGUGAAAAAUACUCCAUAAAUUGUAUGACCUAACUGAAUUUUUUCGCAGUGCCAUCGCCCUUCGCAACGAAGCCGGCCGAGCCGACAGAAAAAAAGAAAGCGACGCCGGGGAACGCAGAAGCUCCCGUGCCGAGGCCGGUCCGCGCUCCAUUGACCGGCGAACAAGCCGCGGCUAUUUUGCACCACGUCGCCCGGGGUCAGCCCGCCGCCGCCGAUAAACCCAAUCAUCAUCUCGUCUACAUCGAGCGUCAGCUCUGA